UUGGAGAGGAAUGACAGCAGAGAUCGUGCAGUGAACACAGCGAGGGCAGGAGCGAGAGAGAGAGCGAGAGAGAAAGAGUGGCAGUGCUGUGUUUCUUCUCUGCUUUCUUCCCUCAUGGCGUACGCAGCGUACUGGAUGCACCUUUAUAAAGGAGCAGUGGCCUACCUUCCCUACGCCAACUAUCCCAUUGUGGGCUACUACUAUGUCAAGUCGCUGCCAGGCCAGGCUACACCCAAACCAGCAGCUCAGGUCUCCACUGGAAACCCUGCACAGUUUGAGAAGGCAUCUGCUGGAUCCACCAUGGCUGCAAAGUCCACUGCAGGAAGGGGCGGCACAGGAGGUGCUUCAGCGGGGACAGCAGGAAGUGCAGCACCUAAAGCAGAGACUAACAGCGCGCUGGCAGCUGCUACUGUUAUUGACAUGUCGUCCGCUGGUGCUACUGUUAUUGACAUGACAUCAACAGGUGUGUGGGGCGCUCCUAAACAGAUGCCACAGACGACACCCGUCUCCCAAGUCAGAGCCACUGCCACAGCUCCCGCUCCCGCUCCUGCCGCCGCUGCUGCUGGAGCAGCUGCAGCCUCUGCUGUCACCAAACCUAAAGACACCGCCAAGAGCACCACUGCCACCACAACGCUCAAAACGCCGGCUCCAGCUGCAGCAGGAAGUGCGUCCAUGCAGGGGAGUAAAGAAGAAGCUAAAUCGACACAAGCAAAGGUGCAAGUGGAGGUUCCUUCCAUUGCAGUGAAAGGAGCCAAAGAGGCUCCUGCAGUUGAUCCAUUUGAUGCCCUGGCCAGCAGUCUGCCAUCAGUGGAUCCUGUCGUGCCUCCAGUGUACACUGGGCCAGAGGUCCAAGAGCAUGACGUCACUGCUGAGAAGGGUCAGAAGUGUGGAGAAAGAGAGGACACGCUGCCUCCAGGAUACAGAUUCACUGAUAUGGCUCCAGUUCCUGCAGAUGUAAAACCUAAGGAUGUUCCUAAACCACUGAGCACAGACGAGGCCUUGGAUUCCCUCUCAGCUGGAUUCAUGACUUCCACGGUUCCAGCUGCAGCCAAGAAGCCAGAGCAAAGAGAUCAUGUGGUCAGCGCCUCGUCUGCUGGCCCUGCUAACUUUGCACCGCCUCCCGUUAAGAAGGGAACUUCUGCAGCCGUCCCACCUGUGAAUGUGUCUCCUGCUCCUCCUGCUGAUAAGAAAGCCAAGAUGGACGUCUCAGAUGAUUUCUCUCUGGCGGCCGGACUUCCCUCUGUAACUGCCACGAAAACCGUUCCCUCUGUGGCGAAGGAUCCUGCACUUCCUGCUGAGAAAAAAGCUAAGAUGGAGGCAUUCUCACUGAACGCUGGGCUGGACACAAAAGUGGACACCAAGUCCAAGACUGAUGAGGGCGCCUCCAUGUCUCUGGAUGCUCUCAGUGCUCUUGGUGACACGUUAGCAGCAGACGAACCAAAACCUGAACCCCCUAAACUCAGGCCUGAAGACAUCGUGUCGGAGGGCAAGUUCAAGAAGGAGAAGGGUGUGUUUGUGGGAGAGAGGGACGACACGCUUCCUCCAGAGUACAGGUUCAACAAAGAGGAACUGGAAAAGCUGCCUGCUCCUAAACCUGAGCCCACCAUGGGCACAGGUGAGGCUCUGGACUUCUUGUCUGGAGACUUCCUGAGCUCCUCAGCAGCUCCUGUUGUCCAGAUCGCCCCUGCAGCUCCUACUGUGUGUGUGUGUCCUGCUGCUCCCGAGAAAGAGAACUUUGGUGAUUUCUCUCUGGAGGAUGUAGUUUCAUCUUCUGCUGCCAAGAAAGUUGAGUCCUCUGCAGCUCCCCCUGCUGGUAAGAAAGCGCCUGCUAAAACAGACACCGCUGAUGGCAAGCCCAAGACGACACAGGGUGCCUCCAUGUCUCUGGAUGCUCUCGGUGCUCUCGGCGACUUGCUGCCUGCAGACGUACCAAAACCUGAAUCCCCCAAACUCAGACCUGAGGACAUUGUCUCGGAGGACAAGCUCAAUGAGGAGAAGGGUGUUCUUGUCGGAGAGAGGGACGACACACUUCCUCCAGAGUACAGGUUUAAUAAAGAGGAGCUGGACAAGCUGCCUGCUCCUAAACCUGAGCCCACCAUGGGCACAGGUGAGGCUCUGGACUUCUUGUCUGGAGACUUCCUGAGCUCCUCAGCAGCUCCUGUUGUCCAGAUCGCCCCUGCAGCUCCGACCGUGUGUGUGUGUCCUGCUGCUCCUGAGAUCGAGAACAUGGACGAUUUCUCUCUGGAGGAUGUAGUUUCAUCUUCUGCUGCCAAGAAAGUUGAGUCCUCUGCAGCUCCCCCUGCUGGUAAGAAAGCGCCUGCUAAAACAGACACCGCCAAGCCCAAGACGACACAGGGUGCCUCCAUGUCUCUGGAUGCUCUCGGUGCUCUCGGCGACUUGCUGCCUGCAGACGUACCAAAACCUGAAUCCCCCAAACUCAGACCUGAGGACAUUGUCUCGGAGGACAAGCUCAAUGAGGAGAAGGGUGUUCUUGUAGGAGAGCGGGACGACACACUUCCUCCAGAGUACAGGUUUAAUAAAGAGGAGCUGGACAAGCUGCCUGCUCCUAAACCUGAGCCCACCAUGGGCACAGGUGACGCUCUGGACUUCUUGUCUGGAGACUUCCUGAGCUCCUCAGCAGCUCCUGUAGUCCAGGCUCCUGUUGUCACUCCCUCAGCUCCUGUUAUACAGGCCAAAGUAGAGGAUUUGUCAGCUCUAGAUUUGCUCUCUGAAGAUUUUGUGGCGCCAACUCAAGCUUCUGGAGUUCAGGCUCCGGUCCCGACCAUGAAGGAGCCAGAGAUUGCAGUUUGUACGUUUGAGCGCCCCCAGACUGUGACGAAAGUUGAGUCCUCUGCAGCUCCCCCUGCUGGUAAGAAAGCGCCUGCUAAAACAGACACCGCCAAGCCCAAGACGACACAGGGUGCCUCCAUGUCUCUGGAUGCUCUCGGUGCUCUCGGCGACUUGCUGCCUGCAGACGUACCAAAACCUGAAUCCCCCAAACUCAGACCUGAGGACAUUGUCUCGGAGGACAAGCUCAAUGAGGAGAAGGGUGUUCUUGUAGGAGAGCGGGACGACACACUUCCUCCAGAGUACAGGUUUAAUAAAGAGGAGCUGGACAAGCUGCCUGCUCCUAAACCUGAGCCCACCAUGGGCACAGGUGAGGCUCUGGACUUCUUGUCUGGAGACUUCCUGAGCUCCUCAGCAGCUCCUGUUGUCCAGGCUCCCGUUGUCACUCCCUCAGCUCCUGCUGCACAGACCAGCUCAGCAGCUCCGACCGUCAAGGCUCCCGUCGUCUCCCCUUCAGCUCCUCCUGCAAAGCCAUCUAAAGAUUUUGCUCUGAAUGCCUUGGCAGAGGAAUUUGUUUCCUCAUCUUCUGCUUCUGCGGUGAAGUCUGCCGUUCCCUCAGUGCCUGACCCACAGGUGGUGCCCGGAGCAGACAGUGCUCUGGAUACUCUGGGUGCUCUGGAUGCUCUGUCUGACACACUGGCAGACAUCGCACCCACCCCUCACCAGCCCAGCCCAGUCCCUGCCAAAGACGUCGUCAAGGAGAAAAAGAUUGUUGAAGAGAGGCUGAUUAAGAUGGGAGAGAGAGAUGACACACUGCCGCCAGAGUACAGACCCACUGAGGAGGAUCUCAAGAAAAUGGCAGAAGAAAAGCCUGCAGCACCUAAGGAGAAGACCAUGGAUGAUGAUAAAGCCUUGGACCUGCUGUCCAGUGAUUUCACCGCUGUUCCCACACCUGUCGCACCAGUCACAGCAUCUGCAGACACGACCAAGCAGGAGCCUCUGAAGCCAAUGGCAGGUCCUGUUCUGGAAUCUUUGGCCGGCACGCUGCUCCCAGACGCCCCCGAGUUGAAAUCCAAAACAGACAAACCCAAGGGCAAGAGCAAGUCAAAGUCAAAGUCUAAAAAACAUCAUGCAGAGGAGCAGCCGUCUGCCGCUGAGCAGCACUCAGCUCAGCUCAGCACAGACGUUGUGCCAAAGUCCACAAAGAAGGGAGGCAAGAGCUAGACCGCGAGGUUGUCCUGGAGGCCACAGGGACGCACAAGCUGCUCUCUGGAUGAUGAUUCUAUUUUUCUAAAUCCUCAAGAAUGUAUAUUGGAUGAAAGACACACCUAGACAUGCCCUUCAACACACACACACACACACACACACAGACAUACACGAACACACACACACACACACACACACUGCGUGCAACGCCGUCCUUUCUCAUGUCUCUGUGGAUGAGGAGCUUUCAGUUUCUGUAGGUUUCUGAGAAAGACUUUUUGAAACAAGAUGGAUGUGAAGAAAGUGAUGAGAACAGACAAAGAAAGAAAAGAGAGGAGGGAAAAGUUUGAGAGACGUGUUAAAAAAACAUGUUCUUCUGGUUGCUGGCGGCAGGAAGGAAGGCGUUGCAUGAACAUCCAUCUCAUCUUUCUAAUUUUCCAGUGUUGUGACUGACAGCUGGUGUGUGGGAGCGGCGUGGACCGGGUGUAUAGUAUCGGGAAGUUUGUGCAAUCUUCAUGUACACGAAAAUAAAUAGUUCCUCUAUCACGACGUGGUCAGACGCUGUUAAGACACUAGUGUACAGCUCAGUGUGCUCGUGGUUUGGACUGCUCGUUGUUUACAUGAUUAAAUAUGUGGAGGAUUGUCAGGAGGUGUUCCGCUUUGUUCUGAAUCUGAGAGCUCCUUGCAAGUGCCUUAUUUUUGUUUUCUUUCUGUAGAGAAAUAUCUGUCAAGAGAAGGGUUUAUGUAGUGUUUGGUGUCUGCAAGUGCACUUCGUAAGCCAAGAUUUUGUAUACUGUAAAAAAAAAAUAUCUGUUUUUGCAAUAUAUAAGACAACACUGUAUAAUUUACAUCAGGCUUUCAUCCGUGAAGUAAAACCACUUGGAUUUUUACCCAAGUUUUCUCUUUUUUUUUUCAUGUCAAUUUGUGUGCGGGUGUGAGUCAAAAAGAUAUGAAUAAUAAAAAGUAAAAUGUGUCAAGACGAAAUCAGUAUAUUCAAUUUGAAAAUCAAUAAACCUUUCAAGAGAAA